UCAAGGAGUACUCGCCUCUUCGAAGCGCGGGCCGUAAAUUUCAUUGUUCCAUUUUCCUGCCGAGUUUUUGUUGUAGAAAGUUUGUGUUUCUUGAACUGUGUACGCGACUGUCAACAUGAUAGAGCACCGCUCUGCUGUAGUGGUAUUAAUAGUGUUACUGGUAGUUUGCAGAGCUGUUGGAAGGAAUAAUACCACGGCUGCCGGAAGAUACAGAGAAUACAGUGAACUCAUCUCUGUGAUAGGCUCAGAAAUUAGCAUACCAUGUAAUGUGACGGCUACUAUGCCUGAUGAUCAAGUGACUCUCAUACUGUGGUACAAAGAUGAUUCAGGUAAUCCCAUAUAUAGCGUGGACACAAGGCAAGUUUUCGGAGUAGCACCUAAGAAGUUCGCCAGCAAGGAACUUGAAAGCCGAGCCACAUUUAAUAUAAGUCGGACUGUUGCCAUUUUGAAUAUAAAACCAGUGAAAGAAAAUGAUGGAGGAGAAUACCGAUGUCGCGUGGAUUUUAGACGCUCAAGAACAAUGAAUUCAGUUAUGAAGGUUAUUGUAAUAG